AUGUCUCGGUUUCAGAGGUUAUUAUUUGCCCUGUUUGCUGGGUUUCUUUUUUCCUUCACGGCAAGCGUGGUUGUAGCCAUGCCGUUAAGGUACAUGGUAGAAACCGUUUCUGGAAUCACGGGCUCCAUUGGACAUGUUAACGGUGGGCCCGGUACAUCGCUGCUAACGAGACCGUCGGCAAUUUGUCAAGGCCGCAAUGAGGAUGAAUUACUUUUUGGUACACAAGGGUACUUCCGUAACUUCUCGCGCAGCACGAAGAUGACAGGCAUACUCCUUGGGGACGGCACAGUGCAGAUUUUGGAUGGGACAUGGAGCCAAGCGCGGAUUGACGGUCCAAGGGGUUGUGUGCGGGGGAUAUUCAACCAAAAAAUGAUUGUUUACUUUGUAGAGGGUCAAAGUAGUCUUCGUUACUUUACCAGCAAUUAUGUACACACCGUGACGAUAUCCAUCAAUCUGUCCUUUACCGAUGUGAAGCUCUAUGAAGGUAAGCUUUAUAUAACGGAGCAAACUAAGGACGAGGUCUGGGGAUGCGAUAUUGAUGCGGAUGGAGCCCCAGUGUCAUGUGCCUUGAAGACUGGCUUUAAAUGCGAUUACGGGAAGUAUCAUGGCAUCACCGUCACUAAGCUGGGUGUCUUUGUUGUGGGUGAAUCCGCUGCAGGCAUCUGCCAUUUUGACAUGCAUGGAAAUAAAAUUUCUGUUCUUGGAGGAAAUUACAUUGAUGUUUUUAGUCUGCCCUCCGAUGAGUUGUACAUCAUGUCAUACACCGAGCUCCUUCACCUCCGUGUCAUUGGCUCUGCAAUGGUGGUGGAAAAAUUUGCGGGUCGUUCGGAUGCCACAUGUCCGCCGCUUAUUGACGGCUACGACUUUACAUUAUGCAAGAAUUUACGUCUCUUUGUGAUUGAACAGAGUGAAAUGUACCUUGCGACUACCCUAAACACAGUGCGCUCUGUGACCCUUCCGCCGGCAAUUGUGUGGAUAGAGCUUCCGCCCCCGCCUCUGCCGAUUGGAUACCCCAAUGAUAAUGAAGUCAUGAAGAAGAUUAUCCAACUCAUGAAUGAGGAACUCAAUAAGCAUUUGGGGACAAAUGGCACAUAUGUGUCUCAGGAAACCAUGCAUGUGGACGCCAACACGUGGGCCACAAAAUUUGCCGUGAUGGUGCAACAGCAGGAUUUUGAAAACGCCACGACCCCUGGUGAGGUCUUGACUACCCAUUUUGCACGGACCAAGCAAUUUGUGAAGGAUUACUACGACAGGGUGAAUGAGGUGUUGUACAUGGACACCAGCAUCAUGCCCUUUUGCAAUGAUACCAUGCUGAAUGCAGUGAUGCAUAGGUUGGUUACUGUUGUGCGAGAAGUCCUCAGUUUUCCGCUUAUUUACGCCAACCCGCCAGAGGUUCGGAAGGAAUUUGAUUUUGAAAACAUCACCACAAUGAAACUUCUCAUGCCAGCGUCAUUUAACAACGAUACCACGCGUGAAGCUUUAAUGGAUGCAGAUAUGGACGCGGCUCUUCUGCAGAUCCUCCGGGAACUGUACGGCCCUGAACAUGUGGUGACCCUUGUGUUUCCCAUGCCACAAUAUGACUUUUCAAAACUGACGGAUGAACAACUCGUUGAGGUACGGUGGUUUAUUCUCGACUUGGUUCGUGCACGGCUUGAGGAGUGUGCGGUUCUCUCGGUGGAUGGUGUCGGUGCAAGUGUGAGCAGUCAUAGUAGUGUUUGUGAGGCUGUCAUCACCAACCGUACCGAGACGGUCGUCUCGCAUCCACCAUUUAACAUACAGAGCGAGUACGAGGUGUUUGUGCCGUCGCGGUACAAAUUUAAUGCGUCAUUGUGCCUUGAUGGCAUUGACUGGACUGUGUUGGAGGAACUUAUCAAAAACUACACGGAAGAAAACAAGCCUCGCCAUAAAUCUGCAUGCGACCGUAGUUGUAUUAUUGGCCUGGCGGUCCUGGCGGCGUUGGUACUCACAGCCCUCAUUGCAGUGAUGGUGGUUCUCACGUCGAAACGGAGACGGCUGGCGGCAGUUGUGGCACCCGUGCACCCAAAGUUUAAAAGUACCCUCGACGAGGAUGAGGAGGAAAUGGAGACAACCAACCCGCUAGAAGUAAAAGACGAGCAACGUGCACG